ACUGGCCCAAAACAGAUUCAGACUGGAACACAUGGUAACUAUCUUUAUUGAUUAAUCUGUGGGAUUUAACCAAAAUAACUCACAAGUAUGUUCACUAUUUCAGCCAAUUUACAUAACUGAGGUCUUUGGCCGACUGGUCCCUCUGUCCCCAACCGCUACAGUCACGCCUCCAGCCCGGUCAGUCCUCCGUUGUGCUCCGCCCUCUUCAAAGUAUAUAUCCUCCUCCUCCUCCUCUUCUCUCCAGCCAUCGAAAAAACUUCAAAACGGACUUCAACUUGUGGGAUUCACAUCUUGAGUCCGGUGAUGCUUCAAAGUAAACAGUUGAAGUCGGCAUGUUAAGUUUUCAGCAACUGAAACUCGAGACGAUAGCAGAAAGAUGAGCUCCAGUUCGUAGCCAACGGUAGGAAACUAUCCCUCUUUUUUGUCCACAUUUCCGAGGGCAUGGACAUGAAAACAAUCACGGCCUGAGCCUCGGUGGAACGAGUUAGCUGUAUGCACGGCUUAUUAAACGCGGUUUCGUACGAAUAAUGUUAAUUAGUAACUUGUUUGCAAAGAUAUUCACGCUAUUCUAGACCGUUAUUAACGCAAACUUUAGUCCAACCGCAAACGGUAGAGUUCGGUCCAGUGACGUCACUUCGAGGCACGAGAAGCUACAGUUAUGACCGUUUUUAACGAAAUACAGAUCAAAUAAGUUGUUUUAAAAGAUGUAAGUUAUCUUUAUGUAUUCUUUUUGAGUUUGUUAGUCGAAUAAAAGUAUGUAACACGGUUAUUUUGCGGAUAAAAGACUGCCCUUAUCAAACACUUACAGUCAACGAGUCAAGUAAUUAAAACCUUGACUGUACGUUGGUGGCAGCUGCUCUUCGUUAAACACUUUUAAUGUUUUUUAUUUUAUUUUAAGUUACUUACAAAUUAUCUGUUUUACACUCAAAUGACCAUGAUGAAUCUCUGCAAAAGUGGUUUAAAAGUACAUCAAUUUAUUUUUAUUUUAAUUAUUUAUUUUUUUGUAUAGCUCAAGAAUAAUUUUCACUCACUGCUUGUAAGAUUGGUUUUAUUGUUCUUGUAUACUUGUUUUUCCAAGGUACAAUAGAAGAGCUUCCCUCCCCUUCUGCUAGUUGAAGUGGUAAGUUUAUCUCCAUGCUGUUUUGAUGUGGUUAAAGCAUGACUGUGCAUGGACAGUAAAAUGUUUACAGAUAUGUUGUGUAACAGGAAACAAGAGGUUGGUGAACUACAGUGUGAUGCUUUAGAUGUGACUCAAGUGGCAAAAAUACCUCACAUUGACUCUCAGUAAUAACAAGUUUAAGUAUGAGAGAUGUUACUCAUAAGGUGCUGCAUUUAUUCAGCGCUCAUUACCUGCAACAUGUUGAAAAGUCAAACUUCAGUCAAAACUUUGAUGCUCUUCAACGUCAAAUUUUAAGAUGGCACAAGUUGUGUACUUUUUACAUGAGACGGUAUUAAAAGAUACCCAAAUUCAUGAUAAAUAUUAAAAACAAUAAUGUCAAAACAAACAUUUUAAUAACUCGUGGUGUGCUAACAUAUAUACCAAUUUACAAUAGUGUAUAUAUACAAUUGUGUGUAUUUAUACUUUCAUAAGGACAAUUUGUACACACUUUUUUGUAACUUUGAUGUUGUUUUUAUUGGUUCUCUUUUUUUACAGUGCCUGUUGAUUCAGUCAUGGCUCGUGGUUGCAUCUGCUGCGUCAAGUACAUGCUCUUCCUUUUCAACCUGCUCUUCUGGGUAAAUACUCCAAACGCUGAGUUCUUUUAGAUUUUACUGUAAAUCAGAGGUCGAAUCAUUGUCCCCAAUCAAAGUUUUAUCCUGAAAUCAGCAGGAAGUUUCUUAGUUUCCUGUGUGUGUUUCAGCUGGGUGGGUGUGGAUUGUUGGGCGUGGGCGUGUGGCUGUCGGUGUCUCAGGGCAGCUUUGCCACCCUGUCGCCCUCCUUCCCGUCACUCUCUGCUGCCAACCUCAUCAUCACCCUGGGCACUGUUGUUAUGGUGACAGGUUUCCUCGGCUGCCUGGGUGCUAUUAAGGAGAACAAGUGCCUACUGCUGAGCGUGAGUACACUGCAAUUCCCAGGAUGCAUCACUGUUGUUGUUAUUUCAGUUUUGAUUUGAGUAGGUUCUUAAGUUAUGUUGCAUUCAAGCUGUAUUGGAAUUUUGGACAUAAGAGCCUUUUGCUUAGUUUUUUUUUUUUUUUUUUUUUAAAUUUAUAUCUCAAAAGUACUGACAUAAAUUGCAAGUUUUUUUGUUUAUAACACCUUCCUCUUAUUUUGUGAUUUUCUCAGUUUUUCAUCGUUCUCUUGACCAUCCUCUUGGCUGAACUCAUCCUCCUCAUCCUGUUCUUUGUCUACACAGAUAAGGUGAGAUGACUGUGUGGGAGAAGAUUCAUAUUUAUCUGUGAUAUUUUCUUGUUUGUAGCUGGGUGUAUUUGCGUUUCCCAUGUUUAAACUCUUGACCUGUGUUUACCCAGGUGAGCGAAAAUGCUAGACGGGAUCUGAAAGAAGGGCUGGUUCUGUAUAACACGGAUAACAACGCUGGCCUGAGGGACGCAUGGAACACCAUACAGGGAGAGGUAUCUUAUCAGACACAAAUUUACAUCCUUUUUUCUUUUUACUUUACUUUAUUCAUUUUUAUUUUAUUUUUUGGGAGUACAAAUUUCUUUUCUUUUUUUUUUUUUAAAUCAAAGCCAGUACACAAUCUUACCUACCUCUUAUACUUCUGUUACAUAUAAUGCCCUGUUGGAUGAUGUUAAUUUGAUGGUGCUGCUCUGUUGAAGAAAUCUGGAACUAGAAUUUUCUUCAGGAUUAUUAAAUUCUGUCUUAUCUUCUCUCUUCAUCAGUGGCGAUGCUGUGGAGUGAUGAACCACAAUGACUGGUACACUGCCCUGCAUGGAAACAUGGUUCCUGACCGCUGCUGUCAGCAGUUUUUUCAGGGCUGUGGACGCAACUCCUCCAAUGCUUUCUGGACACGGGUCAGUGUUGUUUUAGAGCCUUGAACUGUUAUUUAUGUUGAGUUUGUUUUGUGUAUCUUUUAAGUGUACAGAAGUAGUUCAAUGUUUGAGAAAGCAGUUUUGUUAUUUUGCAGUAGAUGAGAGAAGUUGUGUGCUUUAGUGAGGGAUAGUGCAUAGUGAAUUGGUGUCAAGGCAUAUUAUAAUCAUGACAAGGUGAGCAGGAUGCGAACAAAUAACUUCUUGUUGAAAUCAACAACUUAGAGAUGUUCUCACUGCCGUUGCCUGAUGGGAAAGAGCGACCUACAUUUCAAAUGUUAAAGUGCAUUUUAUACAGCAUGCUAAAAAGUCUAACAGUCUUAGGAUUGUGUAAAGAGUUUAUAUGUGUUAUCCAGACAGCAAAAGUGAAGUCUUUGAGUCUCUCUCUUUAACAUGAUACCCUCAGAUGUGUACUCUUUCUUCCCCUCUGUCUAAUUAUUGUUGAUGUGUGUUUUCAGGGUUGCUAUGAGAAGGUGGAGGAGUGGUUGGAUGACAACAAACACCUUCUGGGAACCAUCGCUAUGUGUGUGUUGGUCAUACAGGUGAGCAGCUCUUCCCCCUCUCUCUCAAUUAUACAUUUUUAUUUGUCUUUAACGUCUGUGUUUUUUUGUUUCCGCAGCUUCUUGGCAUGGCUUUCUCAAUGACGCUUUACCAACAGAUCCACAGAGCGGGGAAGAAAUAUGAAGCCUGAGGGGGUUUUUAAGAUCACCCUGUGCCUGUUUUCACUGUCAUGUCUGUUACACUCACUGUUUGUAGUAAAAACAAGCCUGUUUUUGUGUGCCACUACAGCUUUCAUCUAACAUUUCUUCACAUAAACACCCACUUAUUGAUGUGAAUAGCUUUUGACCUACUUUUGAUAUUGUUAGCGUAUAAAGUGCAUGUCUUAGAUAGAGAGAAAGUACUGAAAGGCGAAGAAUGAGUUGUUGAUUUUUAGGUUUUGUAGCUUCAUGCCUGUGGAGAAAUAUUCUGUAUUAGAUAAACGAGCUUUGUGUACUAACAUGUUCAAUAAAAGCACUCUACACACAGACUGUGA